AUGUGUAUUGUCUUUUUUGUGCAAGACCACCCCAAAUACAAGCUAGUCGUUGCAGCCAAUAGAGAUGAGUAUCUAGAUAGACCGACAAGUCGAGCCAAGUUUUGGGAUAUAGCACCCUAUGUUCUUGCUGGCACAGAUGACUCUUACAAACAGCAUAGAUCCGACUUGCCAACAAGCAAGGAUCCUGAUAGUAAAGAGGAAACCUUAUCCUCCUCAGCAAGCCUACCAGCCCAUUCAACUCCCUGCAUGACUUUGUCUGACCCAUCCCAUGGCACUUGGAUAGGCAUGACCCAGCAAGGCCGAUUUGCGUUUAUUACCAAUUUUCGAGAACCGCCUUCGAGUCGAUGCCAAACUGCAAAGUCUCGAGGACUGUUGGUGCGUGACUAUCUUCUUGAAAGCCAUCCAGUCAAUGAAAAGGAAACUAGCACCACCUCAUCUGACCCAAGUCUCUACGUUCAAAAGCUAUCCAACCAGCUAGAAGAAUACAAUGGAUUCAAUCUAGUUUUAGGUCAAGUGGGUGGGAAGAUGUGGUAUGUUGGAAAUCGAUCGGAUAAGCCGAUACAGCAUCUGGCAUCUACCCAACUUUAUGGAAUUUCCAACGGUAUUCUUAUGUCUGAUACAAAAGAAACAUGGCCCAAAGUUAUUCAUGGCAAGCAGCUGUUUACCAAGGCUUUGGAUGAGGCUACUGAUAAGCAAGAUCUGGUUCAACGACUUUUAGUAGUGCUGUCUAAUUCAGAAGCUUGCCCAUACGAUCAACUUCCACCCAAUAUGUUUGACUACAAUCUGGAAUCGUGUUUAUCACCCAUCUGCGUCCAUUGCAGUCAGCUUGCAAGAGGCCAAUAUGCUACUCGUACACACACUAUUAUUCUUGUUGAUCAUGAUAAUCAUGCAACUUUUGUAGAGGUCGAGCGGUAUAAAACAAAUACGGAUUGUAAUGAUGAUAAGAGCAAGUAUCAGCGAACUGAUUCUGAACUUGUGUUUGAGUUUCCACUUUCAAUCUUCUUGAGAGAGCGGGGAAUUGUUGCUCCCAGAAGAGUUGUGCGACCAGUAGAGCCCGAUCAAGCACCUGAUGCAGCUGCUGAACCCACUGCUAUUCAGUCUGGCAGCGAGCCUUCUGAUACGACCAACACAGAAAGUAACCCUCAAGCAGUCGCUUUAGAAACCAGCACUGAUCAGUCUGCGCCAUCAACUGUCACCAUACAAGUAAAUCCUACUCCGUUAUUAUCAACCGCUUCUAAAAAGAAAGCAUCCGCAGCCAAGAAGCGGAAAAGAGGAAAGGCUGAUGACAGUAAUGAUGAAGCGGAUGAAACCUUUUAUGCCAGUAGCAGAUCUGCCCAUUCAAAACGACGAUCUGAGCCUAUAGCUGCACCGUACAAUAUGGAUCAAAAACCAACUCCAGAAAUCCUGUUUUGCACACGAUGCCAGCGUCGGUAUCUGCCAAGUCUGAAUGUCACUAAAAAGGAACAAGGGCUUUGUGAUGCCUGCAUCGGACUCCAUGUCCAAUCUGGAAAACGCAUGUCUAAAAUCCAAAUUAAAAAAAAGAAACUGGAAAGUCUAUCCAUUGGUGGCGAAGCCCAAACCAUCAUGCUAUCUCUACGUGACAUGUGUAUCAAGUUGAUUGCAAACCUGAUCGAGGACGUUGAGCAGUUGGGAGAUAUCCCAUAUUCUACCAAAUGCAAAAUCUCCAAAAUCAUUAGCAAACAGAGACAGUUGACAAACCAUACUGUUCAGCUAUUUUUAGGUCCAGAAGAAGAUAUAGUUGAACUAUUUGAUUGUACACGUUUGGAUGAAAAUGGAUUGCAAUCGAUUGCGUAUCUUUGUCCCAAUGUGAAAACACUUAAUUUGUCUGUAUGUGGCCGUAUUACCAACAAGGUGCUCGAAGAAAUUGGAGCAAGCUGCAAUCAGCUAUCUUCAUUGGUUCUCAAAGGCUGUUUUAUUCCCUCCGACUUUGGCUUUUCAAGUUUAUUUUCUGGUCUUGGCUCAACGCUGCAAGAGUUGACUCUUGAAAAUGCUGCGAAACUGACAAAUCUGUCGCUGAUUACGCUAUUGGAAUCUGCCACUCAUCUAAGGCUGCUAAGCCUUACAGCAUGUGUACGACUCGGCAAUGAUGCAAUCUCGACCAUUUCAAAAAUGAAAUGUCUCGAGCAUCUUGAAUUAAACAAUCUCAGUGAAGGAGUAUCACCCGAAUGCAUUUCUGAGCUGAUCUGCACUAUCGGUAGUCAACUGAGAAUUUUGGCACUCAAUGGACACGACUUAUUGGAUGACAAUGUAGUCGCUUUUAUAUCUGAAACGUGCAAAUGUCUUGAAUCGCUAUCUCUUAGCGACUGUCCUUCCAUUACAUCUAAAGGAAUGGUGCAUGCCUUGACACACCUAUCUACGGAAUCUUCCACUGGACUAGUUCAUUUGAAUUUCAAUCGAAAUGUGCUUUUUAAUGAUGAUGUGGUUUUUGCAUUGGUGAAUCAAGCUGCAAAUACCUUGAAACAUCUAGGUAUGAAUGGGCUGGACGAAUUGACUGAAAAGGCCAUGCAAGCCGUUGCAGACAACUGUACCCAAUUGGUUGAUUUGGAUGUAUCAUGGAUUCGAUGCAUGAGUGAUACUAUUUUUGAAAAAAUCAUGAAAAAUGCAACGCAUCUGCAGCGUAUCAAAAUAUAUGGAUGUCAUGAUCUGACUUUACCGACUCUGAAUCAUGUAUGGCGCAACAAGGAGGGUCGUGCGAUUGAGAUUCAAGGCAAUGAAUUUGAUUAAACCUGUCAAGCUGGAUACAUUUUACAAAUGUAUUUUUCAAGCAUUAAAGUCAUUUGAAUUCUUUAUUUC